AUGUCGGUAUCUUUUCCAUGUUGGGCUCGGGUAAGUAAUGCAGUAGAGGAUCCACAAACUAGGAGUUCCGUUGCGCAGGAUCAAGUCAUACAAUUGACGGGAGAAGAUGGCGACUGGUAUGUCAUGAAGACGCUCGAUGGGCAGUUCGGUCGGGUACCGAAGAUUCUCGCAAACCCCAUAGCAAAUCCCUUGCGAACUGCGUCAGAAAAGGUGCUGUGUUCUAUUGCACAAUACGACGCUCAGAGGGACGGAGACUUGGCCUUCGGCAUAUUUACUAUUAUAGUCUCUGACGCCAUUGCAACUAACGGUUACUGUAGUGGCGUUGUUGUGACAGAUACUGGUAAGCGACUUGGUACCGCUGGAACGUUUCCUCUCAGCUACGUUCUGCCAGGUUUCGUGGCCCCUCCGAGUGCACCUCCGGUGAUACCGACAUCAUUUACAACUAAUUUUACGGAUGUGCGAUUUAGAGAUGUUAGUAAUUCAAACUACAAUGUGUUACCCUAUGCAAGAGUACUUUAUCCAUUUACGGCUGAGUUCGCCAAUGAACUAUCAUUGAAUGUUGACGAUAUUGUUACUUUGACAAAACGAGUUGAUAAGGAUUGGCUUGAGGGUAACAUUAACGGGAAGUCGGGGAUAUUUCCGCGAUCAUUUGUUCAAAUUGUUGUUGAUUUGCCUAGUGAUGGUCAUAGCGAUACAGAAAACAAGCGACAGAGUACCUCCGAGGAGGGAAUUGGCUUUGCCAUCGUUCGGCAUGACUUCAUUGCUAGACAAAGUGAUGAGCUCACCGUAAAAAUGGGUGAUUCAGUCAGAAUUCUCAAAAUGGUAAAUACUGACUGGGUAUCCUGUAAAGACCCAGCCACGGAUGCUUCAGGAAUCGUUCCAGUGGCAUUUUUGGAGGUGUACCUAGAUGAAGAUGAGGACGAUGGCCGCGAGGCAACAAAUCGAAAUCGUCCAACCAGCUACACUGAACAAAGUGUUAGUCGCUAUCUUUUGAUUUUUGCAUUACAUCACUUGAUUCUUAAUGGAAGCGGCAAGGCAACCGCGGAAUGUUGUGCAAAAAAAAGUCGCUUUUCCUUCCGUGCCAGGUCGAUUUUAUGUCACCAUAUUUUGCAGAAGCUUAUACAGGAAGCGCCAAAAUUACUUGCUCAAAUAUCCACCGCUGUAAAAUCGGUCAAACGAUAG